AUGGGUGGCUACUCGAAAGCACUUGAAUUUUACGAAAAAUCACAUAAAAUCUUAGAAAAAGCUCUGCCUCCGAAUCAUCCCGAUUUGGCUACUUCCUACAACAACAUCAGUCUCGUGUGUAACAACAUGGGUGACUACUCGAAAGCACUUGAAUUUUACGAAAAAUCACUUAAAAUAAGAGAAAAAGCUCUGCCUUCGAAUCAUCCCGAUUUGUCUCAAUCCUACAACAACAUCGGUGGAGUAUAUGACGGCAUGGGUAAUUACUCGAAAGCACUUGAAUUUUACGAAAAAGCACAUAAAAUCUACGAAAAAGCUCUGCCUUCGAAUCAUCCCCAUUUGGCUACUUCCUACAACAAUAUUGGUUUGGCGUAUUCCGACAAAGGAGACUACUCGAAAGCACUCUCAUUCUUAGAAAAGGCACUUUCUAUCUGGCAAAAAUCACUUCCACCUAGCCAUCCUCAUAUUCAAUCGGUGAGAAACGCGAUUGACAAUGUAAGAAAGAAAAUCUAA